AUGGCAGCCGUGUCCCAAGACUUCUCUUCCCAGCCCUCGGCGGCCACCACAUACCCCGUCGCCCAUCCAUUAUGUCCGCUCACGGCGGCGGAGAUAUCCACCACGGCCUCACUGCUGCGGUCGGUGUGGCCAUCGACGGUCGACCUGCGCUUCAAGGUCAUCACGCUGGACGAGCCGCCCAAGAAGUCGAUGGUCCCGUACCUCGACGCCGAGCACUCCGGGUCCCCUCUGCCUGAGAUCCCGCGCAAGGCUUUUGUGUCUUACUACAUCCGAAACACGAACCGCUUUCACGAAGCCGUAGUCAACCUGUCCGCCCGGACCGUGGAGAGCAAUGUCCGCCUGGGCCCCAACAUGCACGGCAACGGCGACUACGACGAGAUUUUGCAGGUGGAGAAGAACGCGCUGGAGGACGAGGCCGUCAAGGAGGCCAUCAAGAAGCUCCAGCUGCCCGAGGGGACCGUCGUGUGUGCAGACCCUUGGAUCUACGGCUCGGACGGCGUCAACGACGACGAACGCAUGUACCAGGUCUUCCUGUACAUGCGUGACCCCAACAACCCCUCGGAGGUCGACAGCAACCAUUACGCCUUCCCGCUGCCCAUCUCGCCCGUGCUGGACUGCAACGAGUACAAGGUGAUCCGCAUCGACUACCUGCCCACGGGCAAGGACAACACCAUCCACGAGCCGCGACCCUACCAGGCCAAGCCCGCCAACGAGUACGUCCACGAGUACCAGGCGCUGCGCACGGACCUGAAGCCCCUGCGGGUGAUCCAGCCCGAGGGCGCGAGCUUCACGCUCACUCCCGUGGGCGAGACGGGCCACGUGGUGGCGUGGCAGAAGUGGACGUUCCGCGUGGGCUACAACCAGCGCGAGGGCAUGGUGCUGUACGACGUGCGCUACGCCGGCCGGCCCCUGUUCUACCGCCUCAGCCUGAGCGACAUGAACAUCCCCUAUGCCGACCCGCGCCACCCGUUCCACAAGAAGUCGGCCUACGACCUGGGCGACGCCGGCGCCGGCGCCAUGGCCAACAACCUCCAGCUCGGCUGCGACUGCCUGGGCCACAUCCAGUACCUCUCGUCCGUCAUCGCCGACGACAAGGGCGUGCCCACGCCCCUCGAGAACUGCGUGUGCGUGCACGAGCAGGACGCCGGCAUCGGCUGGAAACACACCAACUACCGCACCGGCCGCGCCGCCGUGGUGCGCCAGCGCGAGCUGGUGCUGCAGAGCAUCAUCACCGUCAGCAACUACGAGUACAUCCUGGCCUUCAUGUUCAACCAGGCCGGCGAGCUGAUCUAUGAGGUACGCGCCACAGGCAUCCUGUCCACCCAGCCCAUCGACCACGAGCUGGACAAGGUCGGCGUGCCCUUUGGCACCGUGGUGCACCCGGGCGUGCUGGCCGUGCACCACCAGCACAUCUUCUCGCUGCGCGUGGACCCCAUGAUCGAGGGCCACAACAACCGGCUGGUGUACGACGAGGCGCACGCGCUGCCGCUCUCGGCGGACUGGAACCCGCACGGCGUGGCGUACGAGGUGGCGGAGACGGUGGUGGAGCAGGCGCAGGGGCUGGACCUGAACCCGGAGGCGAACCGGGUGUUCAAGAUCCAGAACACGGCCGUGCGCAACCCGGUCAACGGCAAGCCCGUGGCGUACAAGAUCCACGCGCCGCCCUUCCAGAAGAUGCUGUCGCUGCCCAGCUCGUUCAACUGGAAACGCGCCGAGUUCGCCGACCACAACAUCUACGUGACCACGCACCGCGACCGCGAGCUGUACUCGGGCGGCUGGUACACGAACCAGAGCCGGGGCGGGACCGGGGUGCGCAGCUGGGCCGGCCGGGCCGACAGCGUGGUCGACACCGACAUCGUCGUGUGGAUCCAGUUCGGCAUCAACCAUGUGCCGCGCAUCGAGGACUUCCCCGUCAUGCCCUGUGAGAUCCUGAAGGUGAGCCUGAAGCCCGUCAACUUCUUCGACCGCAACCCGGCCCUGGACGUGCCGCCGAGCGAGCAGCACUUUAACCGCUCCACCUUGGUGAGUGAGAGGCACCACCAGCCCACCACCGAGGCGGUCGUGGGCAAGGCCGGGGAGUGCUGUGCCGAGCAGCAACAGCAGCCAGCAGACAGCAAGAGUAAAUUGUGA